AUGGAGGCUAUGUUACUCAAACCCACUUUUUACAAUCUCGCCGAUUCUUCUAGAAGACCCGUUUCGUAUUUUUCCGGUAAAUCGAGAUUUGGACUUGCUGGAUCGCUCUCGUUCCGACACUCUGCAGUUUCGCCGAUCCGAUACUCGAGGAGUCUAAGGGUGGACGAGAGUGAGAGCUUGACACUUGACAGCAUAAGACACACUUUGAUUCGUCAAGAGGACAGCAUCAUCUUUAAUCUUCUUGAGCGAGCUCAGUAUCGCUACAACCCUGAUACUUAUGACGAAGAUGCUUUUGCUAUGGAAGGGUUUCAAGGAUCUUUGGUCGAGUUUAUGGUCAGAGAGACUGAACAGCUCCACGCUAAGGUGGACAGGUACAAGAGUCCAGAUGAACAUCCUUUUUUCCCACAAUCCUUGCCGGAGCCAAUCCUUCCCCCUAUUCAAUACCCACAGGUUCUGCAUCACUGUGCUGAUUCAAUAAACAUCAACAAGAAGGUGUGGAACAUGUAUUUCAGACACCUUCUUCCCAGACUGGUCAAUCCAGGGGACGAUGGUAAUUGUGGUUCAGCUGCUGUCUGUGACACAAUGUGUUUGCAGGCAAGAAACUUAAUACUUUCAAAGAGAAUUCACUUCGGUAAAUUCGUUGCUGAGGCCAAGUUUCGUGAGAAUCCAGCUACUUAUGAAACUGCCAUCCGAGAACAAGUAAAUACACUCUUUUUAUUCACUGUCUGUAUGUUCUUUUGUCAUGAACUGGCUGAAUCUUUGCAGGACCGGACACAACUUUUGCGACUUCUGACUUAUGAAUCAGUUGAAGAAGUAAUCAAGAAAAGAGUUGAGAUCAAAGCCAGAAUUUUCGGUCAAGACAUAACAAUCAACGAUCCAGAGACUGGAGCUGAUCCUUCAUACAAAAUCAAGCCUAGCUUAGUUGCUAAACUCUACGGAGAAAGAAUCAUGCCCCUCACAAAGGAAGUCCAAAUUGAGUACUUGCUUAGGAGGCUUGAUUGA